AUGGCUUCUACGACCACCAUGAACGCCUGGCUGGAGGAGCUAGUGCUCUCAAUUCUUCCACCAACCGUCAAGUCUGCUGAUGUACGCAAAAUUAAAGACAAUUUUAUCCGCAGAGUCAAGCACCAUAACUAUGGACGAACAAAUCAGUUUGCUGUUAUUGACAAGCUCUCCGGCCUCGAGGAGAAGUUUCAGGUCCUCAAUCUCGAUGAGCUGGCGGGAGAAAUGUAUUCCUGCCGCAUGGAGUUGAACAAGCACGACGAACACUGGUUGCCAGAUAUUUUGGACUUUUUACUCCAUCUCUCGCAUGAUCCCGCAAGCAACAUUGGGAGGAAGAAGUUUCCAAAGUUCCAGCCUCGAUCAGAAGCUCCGCCGACGCUGAAGUGGACUGACAUUACCGCGGACGAUCCAAUUGAUCCACAAGACCUGAUAUGGAGAAUGCCAGAGUACAGUGAUUUCAGUUCUGAUAACGACGAGAUCUUGAUUUUAAGUACGACGACCUCUCCGGUCACGCUGAAACAGCAUCAAGAGGAGGAAAUUCAAAUUGAUAGGGUUUUCGACACAUCUAGUGGCACUGAGAAUUUGAACUCCUCCUCGACACUGGAGAUGUCGCAGUUCUGGCGGGCAUCAGAGGAUUUCGAUACCCUCACGGAGAAACAAGCUGUUAGAGAGGUCUUGUUUAUGCUUGGUGGGCACCCGACAUCGGUCUUCACAACAAACAAUUAUAUUAUCCGAGCCAAUCCACGAUAUCGUAUCCGUCAUCUUGAGAGCAAUACCUCGAAUGCUGUGCUUGGUGAGGCUGCAUCCGUUGGAUCAAGGAUCGCUUCCAUCCGUCAGUGGUUGCGAAUACCUCAAAGCGUGGGCGUGCUUCAGCUUGUCCAGAGUGGUAUCGGGGACAAGAUUUCAGAAUUUCAAAAAGCAAUAUCUCGGAUGCAUCACGACAUUUUGCACUCGGCCUCGUCCACCGGGGUUGUCAGCCUACUCCAAAUAUUGCAAAUGGUUAGAAAGGAAAUCCUCCCCUUGGCGACUAUCUGGACGAUCACGUCACAUUUGUCCCCAAACGACUCGAUCACGGCCUUAAAUGCACUCUACAGUCAAAGUGAUUUGGCGUAUUCAAGCUACGACUCGGUGGCUCGUGAAACCCUUCUUCCAAUUUUCUUGUCUGCCCUCAGAUUAUAUGUGAAGCCUGUCGAUGUUUGGCUUCGUACAGGCCAAAUUGAGGCGAGAGAACCAUUCUUCAUAUCCAGGAACAAGCAGCCACGAGAUGCAACCACCUUAUGGCACGAUUGGUUCAUAUUGUCUUCUAAAGACAACCAAUUAAUUCCCGCAUUCCUGAAGAAAUAUGCCACGACGAUCUUCACGGCGGGCAAGACUGCCGCUUUCUUGCACAACCUUGGACGAGUGGCAGUGAACGAAGGCGAUGAUUGUCCUGGGCUCUCUGAUACUGCUGCUGAGACAGCUCACUUGGUUGAUGGCUCACCGAUGCCAUUUUCGGCCACCUUUGAAUUAUUACUUGAUCGUCAUCUCAGUUCCCUUCUAGACAGCUCCACUACAAGACUGAAAAACUUGCUCGAAGGCAGUUGUGGUCUCACCAAACUCCUAGAUGCUUUUGACUACCUCUACCUGAGCAAAGACGGCGUUAUCCUGGACAGGAUUGAAAGCAGAAUGUUCGAUCAGAUUGACCGCUGCGUGGAAAUGUGGAACGACCGUUUCCUUCUGGCAGACAUCUUAGCAGACGCAUAUCAGGACAUCGACUGCGUUGAUUCGGAGUCUAUCACCGUCCAUGCUGGUUACACCUCCUCCAGAAGCAUGGAGAGUCGUCGCCGUUCGGUCAAAAUUCUCGGGGCCGUCACAGUCUCUUACCAACUUAGCUGGCCUAUCGCGAACAUCAUCCUUCCGGCGUCCACUGUCUCCUACCAACGCAUCGCCCUGACCCUUCGCCAAAUCCGCCGAGCGAAAUCGAUCCUAGAGCGGCGGGCUUAUUUCCACGCCCAGAACAUUCCCCUCGGCACCGACACAAAUGACCAGAAAACUGCCCAAGUCCUCUAUUCGAAGCUCUCGGUUUUCGUUAAUGUCCUGUAUGCACACCUAACAACUUGCACCGUUCAACCCCUGACAAGCACCAUGCGAUCUCACCUCAGCGUGACUGGCAGUGUUGAUGAGAUGAUUAGGGUGCAUAGGCAAUACAUCGAAGCGCUAGAGCACGCGUGUCUGAGUAGUAAACGGAUCAAGCCACUGCGCGACAGUCUUCUGGCAAUCUUGGACCUGUGCAUCCGCUUUGCGGACAUCGUAUCGUCGCCCACCUCGGCCGUGCGGUGUGGUUCUGCAGACCCAGACUUUGAAGCCAGCUCGUUCGUUUCAGCACGCAGCCAGCGGCGCAGACGCCGGACUAUCGGUGGCGAUAGUAGUUCCUCCGACGUGGAAGAUGCGGGUGAUGGCGAGGGCUACUCAACAUUCAUCCUCGACGAAGAUACGACUGUGAUGCAGGAGCUCACCAACGUGAGCGUUGCGUUGAACAAGCAUCUCUCAUUUCUGAUGGCUGGAUUGAGGGGUGUGGCGAGGAGUUCAGGUGAAGUGGGCGACGGAUUUGAAUUGCUGGCGGAUGGCCUGGAAGGCAUAUUCCCGGUGAGGAAAAGUAUGGUGUAUUGA